AUGUCUUCCCUCAGGGUCAAGGGAACGCAGCUCGUCGAUUCUAAUAAUGAUCAAGUUGUCCUCCGAGGAGCUGGUUUAUGCGGAUGGAUGUGUAUGGAGAACUUUAUCUCAGGUUAUCCUGGAUGCGAAUUCCAAAUACGAGAUGCUUUGAAUGAUGUUCUUGGCGAAAACAAGGCGAAUUUCUUCUUUGACAAAUUUUUAGAGUACUUUUUCACGGAUUCAGAUGCGAUGUUCUUCCGCUCACUAGGUUUGAACUGUAUUCGAAUCGCUGUCAAUUACAGACAUUUUGAAGAUGACUCCAAUCCUCGGAUCCUCAAACAGGAGGGUUUUCGUCAUCUCGACCGUGUCAUAUCCUUAUGCGCGAAGCACUCUAUCUACACGAUCAUUGAUAUACAUACCGCUCCUGGUGCACAGAGCGGUGGAUGGCAUGCGGACGGGGGAACGCAUAUCGCCAAUUUUUGGAAUCACAGAGACUUCCAGGAUCGUUUCGUCUGGUUAUGGACAGAAAUUGCAUCCCAUUAUAAAGACAAUGGAUGGAUCGCAGGGUAUAAUCUUAUGAACGAGCCCGCUGAUCCUCACCCGACAAUUGCCCGUUUGGUGGAGGUCUACGACCGAUUGUGCAUCGCAAUCAAAUCCGUUGACCCGAAUCACAUUAUCUUUUUAGAUGGCAACACCUUUGCUUCAGAUUUUACAAAGUUUCCGGAAAAUGUGAAGGAGCGAUGGGGAGAGAACGUGGCGUAUGCGAUCCACGAUUAUUCGUUGUAUGGCUUUCCAAAGAGCAAAGAGGUCUAUGUGGGGAGCGACGAACAAAAAGCGAAGCUACAAGCGGUGUACAAAAGGAAGCGGCGCUGGAUGGAUGAGCGGAGGCUGUGCGUAUGGAACGGCGAAUGGGGACCCGUGUAUGCGAGGAGAGAGUACGAUGGUGAUGCAACAGACGAAAUAAACAAGGCAAGGUACAUGGUUCUGCGAGACCAGCUGGAGUUGUACAAUAAGGAUAUGCUGAGCUGGUCGAUAUGGCUGUAUAAAGAUAUCGGAUUCCAAGGUAUGGUGUAUGUAAACCCGGAUACGCCCUAUAUGGAGCGACUGCGACCAUUCUUACUCAAGAAGCAUCGCUUAGCGGCUGAUGCUUGGGGCGCAGACGAUUCCGACGUCAAGCACAUCUAUGAUCCCAUCGUGAAUCACAUUGUAGACGCCGUUCCAGAUGAGACGAGAAGGAAGCUAUAUCCCCCUCUUUGGACGUUAGAGGAUAGGGUUACGCGCAUAACACGUACUAUGCUGGUUGCUGAGUUCCUGGUAGGAGAAUGGGCAGAAAUAUUCCGCGGCUUGGAUGAAGAAGAAUUGGAUCAGCUUGCCAAAAGCUUCCGUUUCGAGAGCUGUUUGAAGAGGGAGGGAUUGAAUGACGUGCUGAGGGAGAAUGCCAGAGCAAGUCAAACAGCGGCAUAACAAUUCAGCUCAAUUGCGUCUCGAGGGUCGAGGUAAUUCGAAGUGACGUAUCUGUACUUUUAAUCGUAGUGAUUUCAUCAAUCAAGAAGCUGUGCUUAUUUCCAUUGUAAAGGAGUGCUGAGAUGAGAGGUAGUCGAUGAAGGAUCAAAAUGCAGAACGGCGCAGGUUGGCCGAACCCGUUUAGCUUAGCACUGUGUAUUGACUGCUUUGAUCUGGCCUUCGAGUGCUGCCUUGAUAAAUCCGUACCAAAAGGAUUCACCUCCUUGGUUUGAAGAACCAUCGGAUCUCGGCUUGCUGGGAGUGCGUGUUUCAAGACGCUAUGGCGAUGCAUUCUCCAUGACAGCUGUAUCAACCCUCCCUGUGUAGCUCCCGCAGACGCCUACAUCAUCACAACAGGGGUUUGCGGCUACUGAUCAGUUU